AUGAUAGACCAAUGCUACUUCAUCGCCGACGCCGUGGCCACGGUUCAUGGCUAUGAUUCCCGCGAAGGGGGGUACUCUUCCGAGGCCCAACUUCAUCUCGACAUCAAGCCGGAGAACGUUGUCUGCUUCCAACAGUCCCACGAUGGCAAAGUCUCAUACGAUUUGAAGCUAACGGACUUUGGUCUAUCUAAGCCUUUCAAUCGUAAUUCUCCGACACGUCCGACGCAGAAGGCGGAGACAAAGACAUACCGGCCACCUGAAAGAGAUUUCGAGAGAUCCAGGGUGGAUGAGUCGUUCGAUAUAUGGUGCUUGGGAUGCUUGUUUCUCGACUUCAUCACCUGGGCCAUGGAAGGGUGGGCUGGAGUCGAGAGCUUCCGCGAAAACCGCCUUCAGGAGACAGAUGAGAUCGAUGUCGACCUGGAGUUCCCGCCGGUACUGGAAGAUACUUUCUUCAAGAAGAGGGUGCAACGAGGGACAUGGUGGUGGCCAAGAAGAGGUCCUCGGACCAUUGUUGCAGAUCUAAAGCCCUCGGUUACUUCGCAAUUUCAACGUCUCCGCGCCCAUGCACGGUGCACAGAGUAUUUGAAGAGAUUCCUAAGUCUUGUCCAGUCAAGAAUGCUGCUCAUAGACGGCAGUACGCGGGCAGCGUCGAAUGAGGUUCGAGAUGUCCUGCAAGUGUGGAAGCAGAGCUUCAAACAGCAGGUGGUCCAGACUCGAAGCCUCCAUCCGACUGAAGUAGUCACGGACGAAUGA